GACACUGUGCCCCUGACUACGGCUACAAUAUAUGCCUACAAGGAGAAGAUGAAGGAGUUAUCUGUGCUGUCACUCAUCUGCUCCUGCUUCUACUCACAGCCUCACCCCAACACCAUCUACCAGUAUGGGGACAUGGAAGUGAAACAGCUGGACAAGCGAGCCUCUGGCCAGAGCUUUGAGGUCAUCCUCAAGUCUCCUUCUGACCUAUCUCCAGAGAGCCCUGUGCUCUCCUCUCCCCCCAAGAGGAAGGAUGCUUCCUUGGAGGAGCUGCAGAAGCGGCUGGAGGCAGCCGAGGAGCGGAGGAAGACCCAGGAGGCUCAGGUGCUGAAGCAGCUGGCAGAGCGGCGUGAGCACGAGCGCGAGGUGCUGCACAAGGCGCUGGAAGAAAACAAUAACUUUAGCCGCCUGGCGGAGGAGAAGCUCAACUACAAGAUGGAGCUGAGCAAGGAGAUCCGCGAGGCGCACCUGGCAGCUCUGCGCGAGCGGCUGCGCGAAAAGGAGCUGCACGCUGCUGAGGUGCGCAGGAACAAGGAGCAGCGGGAGGAGAUGUCUGGCUAAGGGGCGUUGGAUCCAGCGGCAACGAGAACACUUUCGGGUUUUGUUUUUGUUUUGUUCAGUUCUGUCUAG